AUGAGCCACGCAGACUGGCAGCGAAUUGUGCAGGAGGAGGUGCAGCUGCUAGACUCGCAAGAGCCUGGAGCGGACACAGGCGUGACUGCAGAAGAAGCUGGCGAUGACUGUCAAGGCUUUGCUGAUUCUUCCGAGAAGAUUGCGGCCGCUACAGUCCAGGCGCCCCAGGAAGGACAAGCGGGCGUCCGCGCGAUCCUGGACCUCCAGCCACUCCAGCAGCCGUUCCUCGGCAUCCGUCACUAUCCGGCCGGAGGCUACGAGUUCCGGAUCAACCACUCCACCAAGUUCCCCGCCAUCCCAGUGGAGGAGGGCGAGACGGACAUUGAGGCGGCGUACCGCGUGGCGUCGAAGCUACGCCACGCGGGCCGGGAGGCCUUUGGGGAUGGGACCAGCGUGGUCUCCGCGCAAGCGGCCGUGGACGCAUGGGGCCAGGGGAUUCUCGCCCUCCACCGCCUCCGGAAUCUGAACAAACGGGCGUGCGCGGAGGGCGCAAGGUUGCUGGAGUCCCCGUCCGCAGAGGAUGUGAAGGAAUUGGACCUGGUUCUGAGGCUAAACAUCACCCAGGCCCUGUUGAAGUUGAAGCAGUACGAGUUCGCGGUCAGCCACUGCGAUGCCGCCUUGGAGCUGGACCCGAGGAACGUGAAGGGCCUCUGGCGCAAAGCCAAGGCUGUGUGGGCCCUCCGGUGCCCGGGGGAGGCCCUAACGGCGCUGCAGGACUUCCUCAGUGUGGACCCGGGCAACCCAGCUGCCCGUGCCAUGCUGAAGGAGAUCGAGGCCGAUGAGCAGAAGCGAAAGGCCAAGCGAGUGGGCCCUGGCGCGGCGCAGCGCACGGUGCCCGCGCGGCCGGCCCCCGAAGCCAAAACGCCGGCCUCCGAGGACCCGGUGGGCGCUUCCGCAGCAGCCCAAGAGCCACUGCGCGGCACAGCCAAG